GAAGAGCGCCAGGAAGCUCUAUGACCGAGCGCUUAAAUUAAGGAAGAGCAACCACCACCUCUUCACCACAACCAUUAACUUGAACAACAUGAAUGAUGGUUGGUUUGGAGCGCUGAAAGAGAUAAUCCAGCAGCAGCAGAACCAGCUGGUGUGGGUUUCAGAGGGCAAAGCUGAUGGGACAGCUGAGGAUGACCUUGACAUCCACGACGACCGACUGUCCUACCUGUCGGCACCAGGUAGUGAGUAUUCCAUGUACAGCACCGACAGCCGCCACACCUCCGACUACGAGGACACGGACACAGAGGGUGGAGCCUACACCGACCAGGAGCUGGAUGAAACACUGAAUGACGAUGUGGGUCCACCCACGGAGCCUGCCAUCACCCGCUCCUCUGAGCCUGUCCGUGAGGACCCACCGGUCAUCCAGGAGCCCCCUGGCUACGCUGGUUACCAGCACACAGUGCAGCCGGACCCCCUGAACCGCAUCGACCCAGCUGGAUUCAAGGCACCAGUGCCGCAGCAGAAAGCAGAGGCCGCUGCCGUCCCUAGCAUCCCCCAGCAGCCUGAGCCCCUGGCUGAGACAUUGCCCCCUGCUGUCGACGUUACUGUAAAAACUGUAGGGGGUCUGAGCCCUGACGAGGCUCCUGGAGCUCCCCACAGCCAGCCAAGCCCCAACCCAGAGGCUGGCUCACUUAGGAGGCCCACCCCUGAGCUAGCCCCUCAGAGCUUCUCACCAGAACCUCUACAGUCUGGAACGGCCAGUACAGAACCAAAGAUGUAUCAGAAUGAUCCAUACAGCACAGACAACAACACAGGGAGAAUCAGUCACACCAUGAAGCCUGUGACUUACAACCCUCUGCAGGGUUAUCACCCUGACCAGCCAUACAGAGAUUACGACCACCCACCAAGUCGGUAUGAUGUCAGCAGCAGUGGAGUCAGCAGCGGAGGUGGUUACCCAGAACCAAAGUACCGGAACUAUGACUCUAACCCACCCUACGAGAACAGUGUGCCUCACUAUGACCAACAAACGUGGAAUCCCUACAAGCAGCCCCUCUCUACUGCCAACUCCCAGGGCUACGAUCCCCGUUUGCCAUACGGUGACGGCCCUGACUCCCAGUACACCCCUCCUCUCCGCCACGACGGGCAUCCAUCUCAGCAGGGAUUCGACGGACGGCCUCGCUACGGUAAACCGACGGGUCCAGGGCCUGUUCGCUAUGAUGAUCCCCCACCUCCUGCUCCGCCUGACCUGCACUACAACCAGGAUUCUCACCUGAGCACUUAUCCCUCAGCUGCCCGCUCGCCAGAACCCCCUGCCCAGCGACCUGCCUUUAACCAGGGACCAACGCCACCGCAAAAGAGCUACAAACCUCAGCAGUAUGAUCCCAUUCCUGUGAACUCUGAAACCAGCCCCACACCACCUUUCAAAGCAGAGGCCCCCUCACCGUCCCCUGCAGACCCUCCGAAACCCACCCCUGCCAGAGAUGAGAAACCGGAGGAUGACCCCGCCAUGCGGCCGCAGUCAGUCCUGACUAGGGUCAAAAUGUUUGAGAACAAACGCUCUGUGUCAAUGGAUAGAGCCAGAGAUGCAGGAGAUUCAUCUGGGAACAGGGCAGCCGAUUUACCCUUGAAAGCAGGUGGAGUAAUCCCUAAAGCAAAUUCUCUGAGUAACCUGGAUCAAGAGAAGACCUUUAGAGCCCCAGGGCCUCAGAAGCCUCAGCCCCAGGUAGCUGAUGACAUCGUGCGCUCCAACCAUUACGAUCCUGAUGAGGACGAGGACUACUACCGGAAACAGCUGUCUUACUUUGAUAAGCUCCAGACUGGUCCCAACAAACCCCAGCCACAAGUACAAACAACCCACAACUACCCCAGGACGGAGUCAGUGGAGAAACCAAGUCCAGUGGAGAAAAAAUAUGAACCAGUUCCCCAGGUGACACCUCCUCUGCAACCAGCCACACUGCCCAAACCUGCACCUGAAGCCAAGCCUCCUGCCCGAGAGGACACUGUCCAGACCAACUUCCUGCCUCACAAGAGUUUCCCUGAGAAGUCUCCAGUUAAUGGCACUAGUGAACAGCCUCCAAAAACAGUCACUAGCACCGGGGCUCCGCCAGUAUCCAGCUACAACCGCUACACACCCAAACCCUACACCACGUCUGCCAAGCCUUUUGCGCGCAUGUUCGACAGUCCUAAAUUCAACCACAACCUUCUGCCCAAUGACAAGCCUGAGAUUGCUCCAAAGGGCCGGAGCUCCAGCCCAGUGAAGCCACAGAUACCCCCACAGCCCCAGAACACAGACCAUGACAGUGGUUUGGACACUUUCACGCGCACUGUGGACCACCGCACCAAACACCAGCACAACAACAUCAACGCUGUGCCCAAAGCCAUCCCUGUGAGCCCCAGUGCCCUGGAUGAUGAUGAGGAUGAAGAUGAGGGCCACACAGUGGUAGCAACAGCUCGAGGUAUCUUCAAUUCUAACGGUGGUGUCCUGAGCUCCAUUGAGACAGGUGUCAGCAUAAUUAUCCCACAGGGUGCCAUCCCUGACGGUGUGGAGCAGGAGAUCUAUUUCAAGGUCUGCAGAGACAACAGCAUCUUGCCACCACUUGACAAGGAGAAAGGAGAGACUCUGCUCAGCCCUCUGGUGAUGUGUGGACCUCACGGCCUCAAGUUUUUGAAGCCUGUGGAGCUACGCUUACCUCACUGUGCGUCUAUGACCCCUGAUGGUUGGUCUUUUGCUCUAAAAUCCUCCGACUCCUCGUCGGGUGACCCAAAAAGCUGGCAGAACAAGUCUCUCCCCGGGGACCCCAACUACCUGGUGGGAGCCAACUGUGUUUCUGUGCUCAUUGACCACUUUUAAGGACGGACCAGCAGGUGUGAGAUUACUGAAUGUGAGACCAUGUGGGGAUAAAAUGAAGAGGAUGCGCGCGCGCACACACACACACACACACAACACAUACAGUACACUCACGCGCACACAUGCUGACAGAUGCACUCCAAACAUUCUUACACACCACAUAAUGGAGUAUGAAGAAGACCCAGUCAGUGCUGUUUACUGCACCCACGGAUGAAGGCGAGACACCGAUGAUCGUUACAAGCUGUUCUUUGAACUCUUUCCCAAUUUGAAGUUUUGAUGUGAAAUAAAAACCGUAAUGCAUGCCCCGUGCCACUGAGGAUUGACACUAUAUAUAAGGCAAUUUUUAAAUGUAAUUUUUACAUGAAUAUUGAUGGAUGGAUGGUUUUAGAGGCAGCAUACGUACUUUAAAAAAUCUGUGUCGGUAUAUUUUAUGCUAUAUAUGCGUACAGGAUAUAUGGUAGUAUAGAGAAGAUUUGCUAAAAUUGUACUUUAAACUAUAAAUUCUACUACCAAUCAACAUCUUGUUAUUUUUCAAUUCAGGUGACGCAAUACAAGUAUGUAAUCUCCACAUUUUCCACAUUGAGGGGAUUUUAAUGAAGGUUUGAGACAGAUGCGAGGGAAGAUUAAACCUGCGAUGGUGACAUUUGCAGUAUCUGUUGAAGGAGUUGGCAAAACACGAGCUGGAUAUGAAUCCAGGCAGCACACUUUUAGAGGCGCUCUUCCUUCACUUCUUCCUUGAAUUCUUCCUUUUCCUACAGUAAUAUCUCGUAGCUUGAUUUCUUACCACGUCUCUCCUUCCAGCCUGAGGGAGAUCUAUGCAUGUUCUUUACUCAGGUCCAGUAGCCUCCUCAGUUCUUUCCUCACAUCUAUUUCUCUCACUCUCUCUCUCUCUUCUCUUCUUCUCUUUUUCUCUCUGUGCACUCUUGCACUCACACACAAAUAAGCAGUGAUGCCUUAUCUGCAGAUUAUUCACUUUUCAUGAAGAAAAAAAAUAAGUUAUGAUAAAUUAUGGUAUAAUGUCAUUUGUUUUGCCAUUUUUUUGUGAACCCUCUGUAUAAAAAAUGAACUUGGGUUUAGCACACAGUAACAGUGGAUGAAGGAUAACAAAGGUAUGCUCUUCUUUUAUCUGCUAUGCAUUACUUACAGAAGAAGAAAAAAAACAACAGAAAAGAAGUGGCUGUAAAUAAAGCUAGCAUAUUGCCUUGU